AAAUUUCGAUUGUUUCUUGUCUUGUUGCAUGUAUCACGUAUGGCUGCUGCUAAAAGCUAUGUGAACGGAAGUAUUUAUGCUGUGUGCGUGAAUGUAUUUGCAUGAUAAUUUACUAAGUUAGUUUAUUUACUUAAGGUAGAAAAAAAAUAUUAUAAAUGCCACCGAAAAAGAAUAAAGGGACCAAGAAAGGGGAAGACGACUUUGAUGAGAAAGCAAAAAAUGUCCCGGAAACUAAUGAAGGGAAGAAGAUAACCUCUAAAACAGCUGGUAAAAAGAAGGUUAAAGGAAAUAAGGAUUUAAGUGAUGAAGAUGAUCAAAAGUUUGAAGGGAAAGUAAAAGAGCUUAUUAGAAAUUCUGAUGAUCAAGACAAUGUACCACCUGUGACCAGGAAGAAAGCAAAUGUAAAGGAGAAAAAAGAGUUGGUCGGAAGCGAUCAACUUGAUGGUCAGGAAAAUGACGCGAAAACUCAAAACUCGAAGGCAGGGGCAAAGAAAAAGUCUAAAACCAAAAGUAAACAAGAUGAUUGGAGCGACGAAGAUAAAUCUGUUAAAUUAGAAAACAUGACGUCUGUAGAGGAUUUUACUGCUAAACCCUUAAAGAAAGGUAAAAAGAAAGCUAAAGGAAGGAAAGAUACAAGCAGUGAUGAUGAAACUACCGUAAAUAUUUUGGAUGGUAAUAAGUCAGAUGAUGACGAUGUAGUUGUUAAACCUGUAAAGAAAGUUAAAAAGAAACCUAAAAGUAAGAAAGAUGAUUGGAGCGAUGGAGACAAACCUGGGAAGUCAUUGGCCGAUGACCAGUCAGAUGAGGAGGCAGCUGAGCAGCCAGUUAAACGGGGAAAGAAGAAACCUAAAGGCAAAAAGAAAGCUGUGAGUGAUGAUGAAGAGGGUUAUCAAACUGAUAACUCGGAUGAGCUGAUCAUAAAGAGCAAGAAUGUUUCGAAGAGAGUUAAAGGGAAAAAAUUAAAAAGUGAAGAUGAAGAUUUAUCAGAUGAUGAAUUAAUUAUGCAAACUAAACCUGUGAAGAAAAAUAAAACUAAAUAUAAACAAGAAAGUGAAGAUGAAGAUUUGUCAGAUGAGGAAUUAAUUAUACCAACUAAACCUGAGAAGAAAAGUAAAACUAAAAACAAACAAGAAAGUAAAGAUGAAGAUUUGUCAGAUGAUAUAAUUGAACCAACUAAACCUAUGAAGAAAGAUAAAAAGAAAACUAAAAAUAAAAAAGAAAGUGAAGAUGAAAUUGAGUCUUCAGAAACUGAUGUUCUCAACAAAACGUUUGUUGUUAAAGAUCAACCACCAAAUAUUGAGAAAAAUUUGUCACUUGAAGCUGUAAAACGUCCAGAACCUCAAACGGAAGAAGAAUGUAUUGUAAACACAAAAGAAGCAAAUGGAGACAAACAAGUAGAAGCAAUCACAGAUUUACUACACAAAGCAGUUUUAGAAAAUAGUGUGUCUGUGACAGAGGUAGAUGGACUGGCAGAAAAAGUGGAAAACAUAAAAGUAAAAUCAAAAAGUAAAACGAAGAAACAAACCAGCAGUAAAAUUGAAGUUAGUAGUAAAUACAAAAAAGAUGAGGAGAAAGAUGAGGCUGAAAGUGAUCCACAAGAAGAGGACUCUAAUGAAGUGGAGGUUUCAGACAUUCCUCAGAAGAAACUCACUCACAAAGAGAAGAAAAAAUUAAAGAAACAGCAAGAGUACGAGAAGCAGGUGGAGACGCUGACCAAGAAGGGCGGGCAGGGCCACAGCGAGCUGGGAGAGAACUUCACCGUGUCGCAAGUGCAGAAGUCGGCCGGCCAGAUGCUGGCGCUGGAGAACGCGGUCGACAUCAAGGUGGAGAACUUCAGCAUCUCCGCCAAGGGCAACGACUUGUUCGUCAACGCCACCCUGCUCAUCGCCAGCGGGCGACGAUACGGCCUCGUCGGUCCCAACGGGCACGGCAAGACGACGCUGCUGCGCCACGUGGCGUCCCGGGCCUUCGACAUCCCGCCCGGCAUCGAGGUCCUGCUGUGCGAGCAGGAGGUGGUGGCGGACGACACUCCGGCGGUGGAGGUGGUGCUGCGCGCCGACGUGAGGCGCACGGCGCUGCUGGGGGAGCUGGCCGCGCUGGAGGCCCGGCAGGAGCGGGGCGACAUGUCCGUGCAGGACCCGCUCAAGCAGGUGUACGAGGAGUUGAAGGCGAUCGGCGCGGACUCGGCGGAGCCGCGAGCGCGCCGGAUCCUGGCCGGGCUGGGCUUCUCGCGGCCCAUGCAGGACCGCGCCACCAAGAACUUCUCCGGCGGCUGGAGGAUGAGGGUGUCCCUGGCCCGGGCCCUCUUCAUCGAGCCCACGCUGCUGCUGCUGGACGAGCCGACCAACCACCUGGACCUCAACGCCGUCAUCUGGCUCGACAAUUACUUGCAAGGCUGGAAGAAGACUUUGCUGAUAGUGUCUCACGACCAGAGUUUCUUGGACAACGUGUGUAAUGAGAUCAUCCACCUCGACCAACAGAAGUUGUAUUACUACAAGGGAAACUACAGCAUGUUCAAGAAAAUGUUUGUGCAGAAGAGGAAGGAGAUGAUAAAGGAUUAUGAGAAGCAAGAGAAGAAGAUAAAAGAAAUGAAGGCUCAUGGCCAGUCCAAGAAACAGGCGGAGAAGAAGCAGAAGGAAGCGCUGACGAGGAAGCAGGAGAAGAACAGGACGAAGGUCCAGAAGGUGGAGGAUGACAACGCCCCAGCGGAGUUGCUGCAGAAGCCCAAAGACUACAUCGUGAAGUUCUCGUUCCCCGACCCCCCGCCGCUCCAGCCACCCAUCCUCGGCUUGCACAAUGUGACAUUUGCCUACCCUGGGCAGAAGCCGUUGUUCGUAAACUGUGAUUUUGGCAUUGACCUGAGCUCUCGGGUGGCCAUCGUUGGUCCCAAUGGUGUCGGGAAAACCACAUUCCUCAAGUUACUGACGGCAGAUCUGCAGCCACAGCAGGGUGAUGUCAGGAAAAAUUAUCGUUUGAGGAUCGGGCGGUUCGACCAACAUUCAGGCGAGCACCUGACGGCAGAAGAGACGCCGUCGGAGUACCUGAUGAGGUUGUUUGACCUGCCGUACGAGAAAGCCCGCAAGCAGCUGGGGACAUUCGGACUGUCGAGCCACGCCCACACCAUCAAGAUGAAAGACCUCUCAGGGGGGCAGAAGGCACGCGUGGCCUUGGCGGAGCUCUGCCUCAAUGCUCCCGACGUCGUGAUUCUGGAUGAACCUACCAAUAAUUUGGAUAUUGAAUCUAUUGAUGCCCUAGCAGAUGCCAUCAAUGGCUACAAAGGAGGCGUGAUCAUAGUUUCCCAUGACGAGAGGCUGAUCCGGGAGACGGAGUGUACGCUGUGGGUGAUAGAAGACCAGACCAUCAACGAAGUGGACGGUGACUUCGACGACUACAGGAAAGAGUUGUUGGAUAGUUUAGGGGAAGUGAUCAACAGCCCCAGCAUCAUAGCGAAUGCAGCUGUGAGUCAGUAGCAACGGUGUCUUCCUAUGGAAGGAUAUUGUAAAAGUGAACUGUAAAAAUAACUGUUUUGAAGUUGUGUUUUCAUCUGAUUUAAUUUUAGCUAACAUGUAUUUGUAAGUAAAAAGUUGAGUUGUGAAUAAAAGUGGAAAUUUUUUUAACUGUA